CAACCUUAUUCAUCCAAUCCUCUUCCCGAAUUACAAUUACAAUGUCACGUUCCUCAGUCCUAUUGGUUCUCAUCGCCGGCCUUUUCGCCGCUACAAUUACCGGAGCGGCGACCUUUGCUGAUGAGAAUCCGAUCAGACAAGUCGUUGUUUCGGAAGAAGUGGAGAACGGAAUUCUUCAAGUGGUUGGCGAGAGUGACGACGCUCUCUCCUUUGCUCGCUUUGUUAACAAGUAUGGGAAAAAGUACGAGUCCGUUGAGGAGAUCAAGCUAAGGUUUGAGAUAUUUGUGGAGAAUCUGAAGAUGAUUCGAUCGCACAACAACAAAAGAUCAGGACUAUCAUACAAACUCGGUGUCAAUAAGUUUACCGACCUAACAUGGGAUGAGUUCCGUAGCGUCAAGUUGCAGGGUACACCUCAAAACUGUUCUGCCACCACAAAGAGCAAUCUUAAGUUCACUAACGUCAUUCUACCAGAGAGGCAAGACUGGAGGGAAAUUGGUAUUGUUAGCCCAGUGAAGGCACAGGGAGACUGCGGAGCUUGCUGGACAUUCAGCACUACUGGUGCACUAGAGGCAGCGUAUGCCCAAGCAUUUGGAGAGGGAAUCUCUCUUUCAGAGCAGCAGCUUGUGGACUGUGCUGGAGCUUUUGACAACCAUGGGUGCAAUGGAGGGCUUCCAUCACAUGCGUUUGAGUACAUUAAAUACAAUGGUGGUCUUGACACUGAAGAAUCAUAUCCAUACACCGCCAAGGAUGGCAUAUGUAAAUUCAAACCAGAAAAUGUUGGUGUCAAAGUCAUCGAUUCAGUCAAUAUUACUGAGGGUGCUGAAGAUGAACUGAAAUAUGCAGUUGCAUUGAUUAGGCCUGUUAGUGUUGCUUUUGAGGUGAUAGAUGGUUUCAAACAGUACAAGAGCGGAGUUUACACCAGCACUCAAUGUGGCAACACUUCCAUGGACGUAAACCAUGCUGUUCUUGCUGUGGGUUACGGUGUUGAAAAUGGUGUUCCUUAUUGGCUCAUAAAGAACUCAUGGGGAGCAGAUUGGGGUGAGGAUGGAUACUUCAAAAUGGAGAUGGGAAAAAACAUGUGUGGUGUUGCAACUUGUGCAUCCUUCCCAAUCGUUGCCUAAUUUAAAUUCACGUCAUAUAUCGAUUACUAAAAUAAAACAAAGAACUAUAUAUUGAGUUCACCAAGAUUAUCGAUGCAUGAAAAUCUCUAUGUACAUGCUUUGCACACGAGUGUAUUAAGAAUAAAUAUGGAAAAGGGUCAUAUUUGACCUUUUCUUUAUUUUCA